AUGAGUGAAGAGGACGACUGUUUGGAGUUCCCCUCAUUUGAGGCCUUUGAUGCGGAGGAUCGCCCACCACCGCCCUCUGAAGAGGAAUACCCCAUUGGCUGCGAAGUGGAGCUUGUCGAUAUUGGCCCCGCCCGCAUUGCACAAACCGCGGAGUUGUGGGAGCCGUUCAUGGACGAUUUCUUCAGCGGCGGCGCUGGUGGCCGUCGGGCGGUGCGGGUGGUGCGGCAUCAGGGCGAUUACACCUUUGUGAUCUGCGAUGCGGAUCCUGAGAUGAUUGUGGGCUGCACGCUUUACCGUGCCUGUCUCAGUGAGCCAAAGGUGCGCUUUAAGAAGUACAUUCCACACCAGAAAAUGGAUGUCAGUGUUCCCACCAUGGCAAGUGAGGAACGUGGAAAGGAUGGGGAUAAUCUAUUUGAGGUGUACGGCAGUGUGAAUGAGGAUGAAGUGGUGGAUAUGGAAAUGCAUCUGCAGCCUGGAUCAAAGAAUAUAAGUGUGACAGAUCCAUUAGGGUCUAAUAAGAGAUCUUCUCAACGUGCCGUUACUCUGGUAGAAUCAAAUGGUCGAUCUCCAGGAGUGGAUACAGAUGGUAAACCAGAACGAACAAGAGUGGAUAAUCCUGGUUUGUCGCGAAGAAAGUAUAAUUAUGCUAUGAAAAAGGGUUAUGAAGCACUCAAUAAUGAAAAUUAUACAGUUUCCGUUUAUUAUUAUACGAAAGCAUUAAGAUAUGCUACUGAUGGUGGUGUUAAGGUUUUUUCAAAUCGUUCUGUAGCAUUCUUAGGAUUACAUAAUACAGAGGCUGCUUUUAAUGAUGCAACACGUGUUAUUGAAUUAAGACCUCAGAGUAUUUUGGGAUAUGUACGGGCUGGCAAUACGUUAAGAAGUAUGAAAAAAUAUGAAGAAGCGCGAUCCUAUUAUGAAAAGGCGCUUGAAAUUGAACCUAAUAGUGAGAUAAUUAAGUUUCUUAUUAAGAGUGACUCUGUAAUGAUGUUAUAUGCCUCUAAAAUUGAACAUCGAAGAGUGGCCUCUGUUACAUUAGAUAGAGAAACUAUGAAUGUAAUUCUUCUUGCAAAAAAAGGUUUAGUAGCAUGUGAAAUGGCAUGGACGGAAACCACAAAUGUAGUAGCUUUAUUAGGUGGAUCCGGUAUUGAUGAUAAUGAUAUUACUGGUAGUAGUAAGAAACCACUACGUAUUUGUGGUCGUUGUCAUCGUCCUUUAACUCGAAUAGAAGACUUCUGUGCGGGGCUUCCAGAACUACAACCCUCACUUUUUACAAAAAUGUACAAUAAUCCUAGUAUAGUAGAAUGUAAUGGUCGUUGUGGAGUUGUUUAUUGCUCAGAAACGUGUCGUACUAAGGCAUGGGCAUCACAUCAUUGGGUGGAAUGUAAAACAAAUGGGAAAUGGUCUGAUGCAUUUCGUCGAUUCCCCACUCUUUUAAAAAGUAUUGUGGAUGAUCAUAAAUUAAGUGAAAAUAGAAGACGACAGUCGAGUAUCUCCGCAAGUCAUUGUGGUCAUUCAACGAGUAAUCCUCAUAUUGUACAAGACGCUAUUGAUAUUGCUGUUUCUCGUGUAUUGGUGGCCUGUCGAAUGUUAGCAUGUAUUGUGAGUAAUGGACGUUCAUUAGUAGAUGCGGUUCAAAUGUAUGAGUGGAUGUUACCACAUGAGGAUAAACAACACCGUGGAUGUUUUAAAAGACACAGUACGAAUUUAACAGAAAAGGUUAUUAGUGGUAAAAUUCUUACCCCUGUAUACAGUGUAUUACAAGAAUGUUUUAGUAAAGAAGAACAAGAACACCUUACUUUUACCUUUUUUCUUCACUGCUAUGAACUUGUGCGAUAUAAUAGUGUACGUGUGCGUAUUUCUCUCUGGCCGCAUAUUCAACAAAAGGCGGAGAGUUAUCUCGCCUUAUUUAAAAUGCGGGGCUUUGAAAGUACCACCACUCCACCAAACUACAGUGCUGGAGAGAGUGGAACGGCAGCGGGGGGAGAAGUUGUGAGUGCGGAGAGUUCAGUCGCGGAGUCGCGGGUGGCGCAGUUGGAGAAAAUGGUCGCCACUCCAGCGGAGUCCGUUGCGGGUUACUUUGAGUACAUGGCGUUGUUUGAGGUCUUUGCCUUGACUUUUCAACCCCCACGGCAAUCACAACAUCAACAAAAGAAACAACAGGGAAGUGGUGUGGAGGAGGAGGAGGAAUUGCCGCGGUAUAAUUUGCGUGUGCGGUCUACGCUAGAGUCUGCCGCUGUUAUUCACAUUACAGUGACAGAGAAUGUAAGCAGUGGCGAACAACUACUGGCCGACCGUGCUGUGAAUGCAUUCAUUACAUAG